CGGGCUCCGAGAUAAUGGCCGCCGCCGCGCUCUCUAGGCCUAAUGGUCAAAACUUCAGACUCUAGUGUUUGGACUCUGGGAUGCUAUGAGUGACGCUGUGCGUGGGUUCCUGUUUACAGCAUGGGGGUGAGAGGGGGCAGUUUCAUGGUUAGUGGGGUUGUUUGUUGUUGUUGUUGUGGUGGUGGUAAUGGGGGCACCCUGCUCCCUGAGUCUCCUUUAAUGCUGUGUAUUGUAUUGUUUGUUGUGGUGGUUGUUGUGGUGGUGGUGGGGGUAAUGGGGGCACCCUGCUCCCUGAGUCUCCUUUAAUGCUGUGUAUUGUGGUGGUGGUGGGGGUAAUGGGGGCACCCUGCUCCCUGAGUCUCCUUUAAUGCUGUGUAUUGUAUUGUUUGUUGUGGUGGUUGUUAUGGUUGUUGUUGUGGUGGUGGUGGGGGUAAUGGGGGCACCCUUCUCCCUGAGUCUCCUUUAAUGCUGUGUAUUGUAUUGUUUGUUGUGGUGGUUCUUGUGGUGGUGGUGGGGGUAAUGGGGGCACCCUGCUCCCUGAGUCUCCUUUAAUGCUGUGUAUUGUGGUGGGGGUAAUGGGGGCACCCUGCUCCCUGAGUCUCCUUUAAUGCUGUGUAUUGUAUUGGUUGUUGUGGUGGUGGUUGUGGUGGUGGUGGGGGUAAUGGGGGCACCCUGCUCCCUGAGUCUCCUUUAAUGCUGUGUAUUGUAUUGGUUGUUGUGGUGGUUGUUGUGGUGGUGGUGGGGGUAAUGGGGGCACCCUGCUCCCUGAGUCUCCUUUAAUGCUGUGUAUUGUAUUGUUUGUUGUGGUGGUUGUUAUGGUUGUUGUUGUGGUGGUGGUGGGGGUAAUGGGGGCACCCUUCUCCCUGAGUCUCCUUUAAUGCUGUGUAUUGUAUUGUUUGUUGUGGUGGUUGUUAUGGUGGUUGUUGUGGUGGUGGUGGGGGUAAUGGGGGCACCCUGCUCCCUGAGUCUCCUUUAAUGCUGUGUAUUGUGGUGGUUGUAAUGGUGGUUGUUGUGGUGGUGGUGGGGGUAAUGGGGGCACCCUGCUCCCUGAGUCUCCUUUAAUGCUGUGUAUUGUGGUGGUGGUGGGGGUAAUGGGGGCACCCUGCUGAGAGUUACCAAGUUCUUCAUUAAGUGAAUCACUGUGUCACUGCCCAGAUAUUGUAGCCUAAAGUUUGGAAUUCCGUUUUUAAUUCACUCUUUUGUGAAUAAACUAAAUUGUGUUCUAUCUUAUUGUAAAGUGCUGCAGAAUAAGCUGGCGCUAUAUAAAUAAUAACCAAUAAUAUAAAGUUUGUUGCUCAUCAGCUCACGCACUCUGCAUUUUCAUUUCUGGGCUGAGAAGAAACACGCUGUAUUUUCAUGCUCAUUACAUGUAAUAAUGAUUAGGUUGUCCUAUAGUAUUAUUCUCAUCCCCCCUCCUUUUCUCUAUUACCAGACUUUAUAGCAGGUAUUAUAAUUCACCCUUUAAUUGUAUACCAAACCAUCCGAGGGUAACACAAAAAAACAACAAAGCAGCAAGACACACUGACACUUUUUUUAUUUUCCCUCUGGGAAAGCAGAUUUGCUAGAGCCAAGACAGAUCUUCAGAUUGUUGGAAUAAAACAAACAGCCGUCAGCUGAUCACUCUCAGUCAAUGAUCUAAACCCUACACUGCAAGGCUUAGCUCAGCAGAGAGUGACAUCUAAAGGACCACAGCUAAAAGGUCAGCAGCCAUUAAUAAAUGGUUUGAUUCAUUAUAUUGGGGGGGAGGUGCCAAGGCACAGCGGGCUGAAGUGGUUAUGGUGCUUGCAUGGUUCCCUUUACCAUACCUUUUCUGUCCCACGUUCUUCUUGCACUUGCCUCCACUGCACAGUUUAUCGUUUACCUGUAAUAUAAAUCAGGAACUUAAAUGCAAAAUUAUGAUUAUCAUCCCUAAUGUGCCUAUCUCAGAUACUUGUCCCGAGAUGUUCUCUAUGUUUAAUGUGUUACUUAUUGAAUAUAAUGAAAAACGAAUUGCUACUUUUUGAUUAACUGUUGCAAACCCCUUUAUGAUGCUUUGUCUCAUUAAUAUAGUUUUAGGUUUCCCAGACCAUGUGGAACUGAAUGGACGUGGAUUUUGUAAAUGGCAUAAUCCCGAGCUGCUGUUUACAGGAAUUCCAACUCUAAAGAUACGCCAAUAUGAGUUAUACUGGUGUGAAGGUAGACUGUGAAACCCUGCUUAGCCGAUUUCAGGAGACGGACAGUGUGCGAUUUGAGGAUUUUCUGAAAAUAUGGCAGGAUGUGAAAUUUUCCAACAUAUUUCUGUAAGUUAUCACUUCAUAUUUCAAUAUCUAUAACCGCUUCUGUCAAAUGUUUUGCCACAUAUUUACAGCAAUUGUCCCAUUUUGGCUUUUAGGGUAUUUGACAUUUAUAAUAUGGACAUUGUGUAAAUGUUUAUAGAUGUACAUGAAUUAAUUUAAGGUAUAUCCAUGAAAAUACACAGGUUUUAUUAAAAGAACAUACAUUUCCACCUUGGCCUUCUAGCAAGUGUAUGGAUUUAAAAAUGUGUCUUCCCACUAUCUGGCUAUCCGUGUUGGCCUUUUGGGGGGUGGUGCUCUUUGAUGCAGCAACUACAUCGCAGUUUUUUUAAACUAUGUAAUACCCAUGAAGUCUGGAUCAUGGUGACACCAGUUUAGCCCUGCAAUGGUAAUAACGGAAAUAAUUACCGUGCAGGGUUAACUCCACCUCUAGCAACUAGAGGGACUUCACGGUAGUUAGAUAGUUUUGUUAUCCUGGCACUAUAGUUUCCUUUUAAAAGGUCUUAAAGGGUUACUCCUAGCACGACAGUUAUUUCAGUGUUUUGGAGUCUGCUUGUGACCGUAAGAAAUGCUGCUUUAUACUGAGAUAUUUUAUGUUUCUGAUGAGGUCACUUCUGGCAGCAUAAUCAGAGUUUCAGGCUGGCCAAUUGUGUACAUAUUCUUUGCACAGAUAGUCAUUCAUUGGUGGAGAGCAUUGUGUGAAAGAUGGACUCAGGUAAUCGAGGAAUUUUACAAUACCGUGUUUCACACAGGUUUCUAUACUAACCAUUAACACCAAUAUAGAGGGGAGUAUGAAAAGACAACAUAGCUGGAAACGAUUGUGUGAAACAUUGUUGUAUCUCAGAGACGAUAUUUGAAACAUCAUCCAAAGUGUUCGGUUUAGUUGUAUUUAUGGUAAUUAUUCUGUUUGUGUUUUUGGUUUGUUCCACCGCCUUUAUAGCCAACAUUGAGAAAAACUAUAGAAAACAACGACUUUGCAAAUACUUUUACUGCUGUAAAUCUAUUUUUAUUUAUUUUUAUUCUAGAGGUGGAAUGAGGAGUCUGGAAAUGAACAAAUUCACAAAAGAGUCGUUUGCGGUUGCCUGCCUGUACUUCUUGCCGCCAUACACGUUUCAGAUCCGUGUGGGUGCUCUGUAUCUGCUUUAUGGACUGUAUAAUACCCAGCUCUGUCAGCCCAAACAGAAGGUAAUCCAGCUAUUGGCACACAUUGAAUCUCUCUGUCAGCAGCAGAGUCAGAACUCACAUUUAGUUAAUAACGUUUUUAUACGUAGUGAUUAUUAUUCUUCCGAAGCAAUGUUUGUUUUUUAAAGGGACACUAGUCACCGGAACAACUACAGCUUAUUGAAUUUGUUCUGGUGAAUAGAAUCAUUACCUUCAGGCUUUUUGCUGUAAACACUGUCUUUUCAGAGAAAAUGCAGUGUUUACAUUACAGCCUAGGGAUAUCUCCACUGGCUACUCAGAUGGCUACUAGAGGUGCUUCCUGGGGCUGUGCUGCACAAUGUGACUGACUUUCAGUAUUCUCCACCCUCUGCAUGCAGGCACUGAACAUGUCUGAGGGGAUGCUGGUUGGCCAGGACUGUGUUUGACUUGUGCUGGCUCUGCCCCUGAUCUGCCUCCCCCAGUCAUAUGGGAAAGCAUUGUAAUUGGCUCAGAGAAUCACAUCUGAUGUCAGCCAAGCAGGCAGAUCAGAGGCAGAACCAGCAGCUGCAGACUUGAAUAAAAGUAAGAUUUGACUAAAUCUUUACUAUAUUAAGGAGGGCUAGAUGGUUGAUGUAACACUAGAGGGUCAGGAAUACAUGUUUGUGUUCCUGACCCUAUACCGUUCCUUUAAUAUACUUACUGUAUUGAUAAGAAAAGUUAAAUGUUGCAAAAUGCUUUUUGAAAACGCACUUUACACAACGUUCUGUAUGCUAAAAGUGACCCUUCAAUUGCAUUAAAUAAGGCAAAAAUAAAUGCCUUUUAAAGGAACACUAUAGUGACAGGAAUACAAACUUGAUGAUCUUAGCCAAUCCAGUGCUUUCUUACAGGAAACAUUGGGAGGAUAUCUGUCAAGACAAACCAGUGGCCCAACUUAUAGCUGUGGUUAUUUCCUGGUGUCUUUUUUUUUCUUUUACUCUAACGAAGUGGGUUAUACACAUUGUGAUAUCUUCCUAGGCUAGUUAAGGCUGCACACCUCACUAUCAUUUUAAAGACAAUCACGCUAGACAGUUAGUUGUAGUCCAGGACAUUUAGGUAAUUGUUCACUGGCAAUCGAGGAAAGCUUUAAUGAAUGAGUCUAUCUGCUGCAAUCAUUCCAGUUCCUGUGUUGUCUCUUGCAGAUCCGCGUAGCAUUGAAGGACUGGCACGAACUAGAGAGCUUCCACCAGGACCUUCUCAACGCUCAGCAUUUGGAUGCAGUUUACAUAUUCAGGCAAAUGCGCCUAAGCCGGGCUUUCCAUUUCACAGGGAUGCCGACACUAGUAAGAUCAUACAGUGCAAUACGACUUUAUUUACAUGCAUUGGGAUGAAUGUGUAUACAUGUCAUGAAUGUGAUUUAUUUGCAUAUUUUUCAUUGGUUUCCUACUGUUUUAAGAGACAUUCCAAACCCCUGAAGCAUUUUCUUAAGUUCUUUGUGUGUGAAGAGUAUGUCCUCCCUUUUUUUUUUUCUCCAGUUUGCAAAAAGUGCAGAUUUCUAAAGAAAUUGACACUUUUAUAAAUUGACCAUGCUAAUCAGACAACUGGUCCUGUUAUUUCCUGGUUUGAUUAGCUCAGUGAAGCUAAACUCGAGGCAGUAAUUGCCCAGAGCACCUGCCUUGCAAUGACUUCUCAUGGAGCUGCAUUUGGAGGUCUGUGAUUGGACAAACGCAAAGUCUGGGCAGGAGAAGUCUUGCAAAGGUGGCAGAUGAGAUCUGCAACUUUUUCAAGCAGUUUUUAGAUAAAUCCCCCAAUGAUAAAAUGCAGGCAUAUUUACUAAACCAUGAGGUGGUUGUGUGUGCAUGGGAGUGAAGUGUCCCUUUAAAGGGCAUUGUAGGCACCCAGACCACUUCUGCCCAUUGGAGUGGUCUGGGUGCCGUGCACCUCUGCCCUUACCCCUGUUUUUUGAGAAACCGCAGUGUUUAGAUUACAGGGCUAAUCCAACCUCUAGUUGCUGUCUCUCAGACAGCCGCUAGAUGGUGCUUCAGUGUUCUUAGAGAACGGAAAGUGUUUUAAAUGACAUUCGACAUCCCCACGCUCUGCAUGUAGACGUCAAGCAUCGCUGAAAUCCCCAUAGGAAAGCAUUGAAUAUGGGUUAUUAACCCCUUCAGUGCUGCGGUAGAGGGCCUUGACAGAAGGGGAAGCUAUAGUGCCAGGAAAAAGAGUUUGUGUUCUGAUACUAUAGUUUCCCUCUACUGAAUCAUUCACUCAUUCUUUAUUCUCUUUAUAAUGUGUGAGAGUUUUUUUCGUUCCUUCUGUUGUGAGUGAUUGUCUUCUCUAGCAUUUGGAGCAUGCUGUGUAUAAUGUGUUUAUUGACAUGCUGAGUUCUCGGGUAACAGAUUGCCAAGGACACAGUGCGUCCGGUUAAUAUAAUGAAAUCUGGGGAAUGGAUUAUAAAUAGAGCUUUGCAGAGGACACAAAGCUAUCCCUGACAUCUCAUGGAUAUUGGAUAUACAUUACUAAUAUGCAGGGGGGCAAAUGCUUUGUUUUUGCACCAAAUGUUUUACCAUUAAGCUGUGGUCCAAACAGUGUGGGUGCAUGUUUGGAGCAGUCUGCUUACUCUGACUAUGCGCCAUUUCCUCCGUUCGUAGAAUACAAGCUGUGUAAAUGCAGUAGAAAAAAAAACCUUUUCAUAGACGGUUAAAGGGAUACACAGGCACUGCGUCUAGCUUCACCUACCUUUCCUAUAACUUCCAAAAUGAAUUGAUAGAUCUAACAAAGUGAUUCUUAAAGGGAAACUCCAGGAUUGAAAACAACUUAAUGCAUUUUAAAAGGUUUUGGCCUCUUUAAUAUGCUGUAUUUUUGUAUGCUUAAAUAUGGAUAGUUUGUGCAAUAUAGAAGAAGGGUUAUUUUAAAUAUAUUUUUAUAUAUUGUUUUCGGCACUAUAGUCCUUUCCUCUUAGCCACACUCUCCGUUCUAACAUAUUUACCUUAGCCCUGUAUGUAUGUAGUUCAGUCACUGACGGCACUGGCCAGUGAUCUGGGCUGCAGGAGGACAACCUGGUUUGUCCUCCUGAUUGUCUAUUUGGAUGUGUCUAUUAACCUGCUCAAAGACCACUGUUUAGCAGAAAUACGCAGGCAGGGAUAAUUUAUAAUUGGCUCUUUAAAUUGUAAUGCAAUGUUUCUAAAUAGUGCUUUCAUGGCCCAGCACUGUGUGUGGAGCUGCAGCUUGCUCAGGGAAAAGUGAUUGUUAAACCUAUCCAUGGUUUCAGAUUGCAAUUUGUACGAUGGCGUUACCGAAUGAAAUACUGAUUAUAAUGUAGAUACGAGGAGAUGUACUGUCAGAUGAAGCCAUAAUUCUGUCUCAUUCAGUUCUUGAUGCUAAUAGGUCAUCAUCCAUCUUCAUAAAAUGGAAGCUGAGCAGUUUGUCGGAGGAUAUGUGUAUAUAUAUUAUUUUUUGUUUAGGCUACAGUUGGGCCUAGUGGGAAGUUUCCUUUAAUGUUAAACAUAAAGGUUUCAGUCUCUCUCUGUGAUUAGUUAAAUCUGAGUGUUACUAUCUACAAGGGGUAGGCAACUUUCGGCACUCCAGAGGUUGUGGACUACGUCUCCCAUAAUGCUGGCAAAGCAAAGUGUUUAAUUAUGAUUGGUUGCCUAGAGCUGUCUGAAUAGAUAUGUAGAACCCCAAGCAGUGAUUGUUGCCCAUUAUAUAUUUAUAUUUUAAAUUCUUGGUGGAGAAAUGUAUGUUUAACAUGAAUUUCCAUGGAUUUGUCAACUGUCAACCCUUUUCAGUUUACACUUUUUUUUUUUUUUACCCAUUACAAAACAUUUACCAAUUUAAUGUGCUUUGUUUGCAGUUGACUUUCAGAAGCAUAAAAAAGCCUACAAACAGUGCUGGGAAAGAAGAAUUUAAGGAUAUUCGAGACAAAGUCAAAGAUUUGGUUUCAACAGACACAUUGGAGGUAAACACUGUGUGCGUACUUACAACUAUCUGUGUAUGUAACAAUCUAUGAAGGUAUCAAAUAUCCCUACAACCAUUGAUUUUAGAUGUUUCCCUUUAGAUUCUCUUCAGAUCUAUAACCACAAACUUACACAGGUUUAUAGAGAAUAGCCUUCAUUUAAUUUUAGCAAAUUUCCUAAUGGGAAAUGUGAGACUGUGAACUAAGAGGCACUUGUGAUAAUAUAAAGUAAAUAAUAUCAUAAAUUGCAAAUGCGUGAGCAUGUCUUGUAGAGCGAUUUGAUAAAAUAUCUAUUCACAAAGACGAUUGAAAGUGGUGUCAAUGAAGUCACGCACUAAAGAGAGCGCAAGUGAUUACAUUCAGUUGUUGCUCAUUGAAACCUGUAUUCCUGGGUUGGGUCAAGGACUGGCUAAGAUAACACUUUAAAAGAAUGCAGAGAAAACAGUGUUUAUUUCUAACUUACAUAAGUAGCAUGCACGAUGCCUUCCUUCAGUUGUAGUGUUCCAAAAAGGAGUACAUACAUAUAGAAAGGUACGUACAUAUUGACUUCAUUGCUGUGGAAGUGUAGUAGAUUCUGAACAGUUAAAACGUUUGAUUUCCUGUAGCCUUGAAUUAGUGUAUCUCAGAUCACCCAGAAUCCCAUGUGAUGACUUGAGGCCAUUCAGUGCAAAGCACAUCUUGGCCUGUUCUCUAGCCGUAGCGGCAACAGUCUGUUGGGGUAAUACAUUGUUACAGGGUUCACUUUGAUAGUUAUGUGACCAGUGAGUAGCUGUGAAUCCAACAGCAGCGCCGCUCACAUUUUUAUUUUUUUUUUGUCUCCAGAUACUAUUUAUUUUGAAAUAGUUCCUAGCUGGUGGCAAUGCAAGAACCACAGCUGUACACCCUUGCUUCUAUGUAAUAUUUUAUCUUUUUGUUAGGAAAUGCUGAAUAUUCAUGAGCACUAUCAGAAAACAAAAUGCUUAAUUUCUGCUGAUAAAUCGAAGCCAGACAAGGCACUAAGUCUGAUCAAGGAUGGAUUUGUAGACAGUCUUAAAAAUCUAGUAACUGAACACCAACAGUGGAAGAAAAGAACGAGGGUAUGUGGUUAUCACAUUUAAUCUGUAUGUUGCACUUGCAAAAGUUUACUAUUUUUGUUCUGUAAAUCUGUGUGUGUGUGUAUGUAUGUAUGUAUGUAUGUAUGUAUGUAUAUAUAUAUAUAUAUAUAUAUAUAUAUAUAUAUAUAUAUAUAUAUAUAUAUAUAUAUAUAUAUAAUUUGCAUUAACAACAAAUCAGCUGUCCAUGAGUGGUUCACUGGUUUUGCAUCUUUUCCUAAAUUGUGUUCCAACCAGUUGUAUACUGCAAACACAGAUUAAAAGGAAUCCAUGUUAAAAAGGGAAUGAAGCAAAUAUGUGAUUCUUUGUUAAAUUAAUUUGCAUAUGCUCACCCAGAAUCCUUUGCAGUUGUAACAUCAAUGCAGAUUUGGGAUUUCUGUGGGAAAAGCAAGUCUUAUGGCUUGACUUGUGUGCAGAUUUUUGUUUAACAUUGUAUUAAAAAAAUAUAUAUAUAUAUAUAUAUAUAUAUAUAUAUAUAUACACACACCACCCACCACCUACCCCAUUAUUUUAUUUACUAGUUAAAGUGUGGUUCUGCCCCUCAAUUAUCAAUAGUUUGAUUGCAGUUAAAAUAAACCAUAUUGAUAAGAGAAUUAUUGAUAUUUCUUCCACACCUGGGAUUUUUACACACUAUUUUUAUAUCUUUGGCGCACACAAUAUUGCUGCUAAAAUACAUUAAGGUUUACCACUUGUCUUACCUGGAGCUAAAUUAAUAUUAUUUUAUUGUUACUUUCUUUAUAAAGCUGCCUAACACGGCAGAACACUAGAAAUAGGAUCUGGUUUUAAUGCCAUAGAUUUCAAUAAUGUUGGCUAAUGUUUGGAAAACACAUUUUUAUUUUAGCAGGGCAUGAAAAUUCUAAGCCACCAAGUGAACGAUCAGAAUACAAGUGACACGUUAAACUAAGAUGAAAGCAGACAUUUGACCGUUUUUUAAGUUGUUGUAUUUUUUUAUUUCUUCCUUUAGAAGCCGAGGACGGAAGCAGAGGAAAAAGAAGCUACUUCGCAAGAAUCUGAAGUAAGUUGAUUAAUAAAUACAGACCAGACUUUGUGCAAAGUAUCCAGAGAAAAUGAGCAUAGUACACAGUAUUUCACGCUUUGCCUACUGUUGAGUGAUAAUUGCAUUUUGUUUUGUGUUAUAGGGUUCAGAGAGAGCAAGAGCAUUGGCCAAAAUCAAGUCCAAAUCAUACAAUUGCGUUACAGUGGUAAGAAUCAAAUCGUUUUGUUUGUUUUACCUGCUUUCUCGUUUUAGCAGAUCUGUCCUUCCUUUUAUUGCGAGUACCGGUUUAGUGAUGCAGUGUUAGAUUUCGUUUUUCUGGCUUUUUUUUUUUUUCCUCCAAAAUGUUAUCUUGUGCUUUUCUUAGUGAAGACUUAUAAAGAUGGGGAAUGGUUGGGCAGUAGGCUCUAGCCUACAUUGUCCCUUUAAACCUUAAUUCUUGUUCUCACCUACGAAUGGUGGAGUAUUAAAACUGAAUGUCAAAAUUGAGGCUAAAACUGCAAUUUUGGUAAAGUUCUCCAACUCAAUUAUAGACACAGCUUGUCUAUUUUAACCUCCGUUUUGACACCUGGAUCUCAGUUUUGUGAAUAAUUGCUUCUGUAUAAAGUUAAUAAAUUGCCGAUGUCAAUCCCACAUGAGCCAUUAGUAAGUAUGACAGAAGGUGUAAACAUUCUUAUAUUGCAACCAUGGAAAGGAUGCUAGGAUUCGUUUCUACAUUUAUACAACAAUGACUGAAUAUAUAAGCAUGGCCGACACACUGUAUAGACAAGAUUAAAAAAAUAUAUAUUUUAUUGUACAAAACCCGUGUUGCAAACCAUCCAAAUAAAGUUUAAUGAACCGAGGAUAAGCACACACUCAUUAGAUAAAAUAACGGUUUAAUUCGCUGCGGGAUAUAUAGGAUGAACAGCAGCACAGUCACAUGACCGCUGUGCUGUAUUUGUCAAACAGAAAGCUAGGUAUGUUUGCUUCAGUUGUUCAGGUACCCUGUAAAGCAAAUAUAUUCACAUAAUCCAUUAAGCAUGAGAGUUUGAAUAUCAUAUUGCCAAUAAAAGCUUGGUGUGACAAAACAUGAUUAGACUUUUGAUAAUUGAAGAAUGUAUGAUAUGAUACGGUGGAGCUAACAGUUUAGUGUCUAAAUGAAUGUCACUUCUUGGAAUGUUGCACCCAAAGACCGUCAGCAAAUUGCUCUGCAUGUUGACGUUUGCUAGCAUAAGAAGCACCCAGGAUUGGGAGGAAAUCCAGAUAAAUCAGAUUGUAAAUAUUGCUGAUAGAGAUUUGUAUAUAGAGAGCAUUUGUUUUUUUAGAAACAUUACAAUCACAUAACAGCUUGCUGUAGUGGUUAUAGUGCUAGGCGUGCCCUUGCAUCUUCCAACAGUAGUCAAACAUUUUAAGAAAGAUUUGACAACUUGCUUGGGAUCCAUCAGACACCCAACGCUGCCCCCUCAGUACGUAGAGGAUUCUGCACAGAGCUAACCUAGGUGGUACAGCAGGUGCUCACCUGAGAAUUGCUGGUCCUGCACGCAUCUUACAGGAACCUCCAGGAGGGGCAGCAAAAGGUGCUCUGCAGACCCCAGGUAAGUUUUCAAAUAGCCCAUAUACUAGUUCACCACCUCCUAGAGAGGGUUCUUGAACUAAAACCAUUGUUGGAGUGACCCUUUAUAGCAACACGUUCGUUGUACAAAACUGCAUGUUAAAUUCAACGAUUCAGAGAAAAAACUUAAAGUAUUCUUAACCAAUGUAUAGAAGUGCUGGGCAAAUAUCACUUCUCCUAGAGAUUAACGGGCCUGAACCUUAUUCAAUUUAAAUGUUUGAGCAUUUUACAAUACAAGAGGAAUGAAGACAAUACCUGUGCCAUGUGUAUAGUCACAGAAGCACUGGUUGCUCAGAGCAGGGGAAAAAGACAGAUGGAUAUAGGAGCAGGUUGCCAUAACGUUUAUGAAGUGCUAUUCUGUCUAUAUGCAAUUCGGACAUUGGUGUAAUAAUAGUGGGUUUAUUCUGUGUUCUGCUGCUUAAAUUACCAAAACUAUGCAGAGUUUGGCUACUCAUGCGGUCAGAGAAAUAAACCAACAGUCUUGUUUCAUGACGAAGUCUUAAUGUACUUGCUCACAUCUAAGUCUUGGGCUGAAUGUAUGCAGAACAGGAGGUAUGAUGGGGCUAAAAAGGCAGUUUCUUUAAAUUUUUUAUUUUUGCAGUGCAUAUCAGUUUAACAUCCCCGCAUGAGGUAUCCCAACGACAUUCCUCAAGCGUAUUUGGAACAUAUAUAUAACAGUUGGGUCAGCUAUAAAACAUGCACAAUUUUAUAUUUAUGUGAUGAGCAAAAUUGUUGGAUUCGUCACUUAGCUUAUGUGGCUGGUUCUAUAGCAAGUAUCAACAUCUAUAUCCAACAUAAACUUUCAAGUUUAACUUCGAUUAUCUAUCUUAGAAUGAUAUACAGGCUAGUCAAACGUGGGAUUGUCUAGGUCUACAUAUGCAUAUUCAUUCAGUGUUUCACUACCUCUUCUAAGCAAUAUAAUAGGAGUUUGCUUGAAACCUGAGUCUGCAUGUGUGGUUUAUAUUAUAGUCAUAACAAGAGUAUAAACAGAAGCUUUUAUGAAGUGCUAGCUUAGUUAAGAUAGGUAUUGAAAUAAAAUGCCACCAGGUUGAUUUUGGCAUACUGAGUUAUCAUCUGCGUUACCCAGGAUGCCCAAACCGACAGUUACUGUGACAUGAGCAGUGAUUAUAAUUACAGAGAUGUCCAUGUAUCGGCAAGUAUCGCCAGGGAGUUAUUUUUUAAGGCUGUCAGUGAGUUCCGCGGUGCACUCCUUGGCUGCCUUUCGUCCUGAGGAGCUGGGGUCGUCCUGAGGAGCUGGGAUCGUCGUUGGUUGAGAGGCAUCCUGUUCCCAGGCUUGGGGGUGACCCUCGCGGAGUACCCAGGGGUCCCACCGUAUUCUGCAGCCUCAGAUCGCCGUGUCCACAGUACCCGGUCAGUAGGUGAGUACAGGUGCGGUGCUUUGCAGCCCAUAGUGUCCAGAUGCAGGUAGCGAUAUGCUGGAGUUGGUGUGUAGUAAGGACCUCUCCUCCAAUGUUGGUCUGUGGGUUUGGUGGUAGGAAGUGAGUUAGUCGCGUCGCUGUCGGCCAUUUUGUGAGGGCCGCAUGGUAGCCUUAAACUGUCUGCGCUGGGUCGCCCAGGCUUGCCGCCAAGAUGUUUGUUUGCCUGGUGGGGACCGGGAUAACCCCCGCCGGUCCAAAGGGGGGGGUGAACGGAGCCGGGAGGGCGCCAUUCGCAUUGCGAUUCUCAUUACCUGGGGCGGAGAGCGGGGCAGCGGCCGUCCGCUCCACUCCCCUCCCGUGUAGGCCUCAGUCCACCAGCCCUGGAGCAUCUCACCAGGACCCAGAACCACCCGGUGUCAGGUGCUCUAGCUACACUGGGACACUCCAGGAGCAUAUACCACAAACUUCCAGGGCAUUCCAAGCUGAGUAAGGUGGGUUUUGUCAACAUUAUUAGCUGGAUUCCUCAGGAGCCAUAGUGACUUGCAGCCUGCUAGCAUGGCCGCCCGCCCCCCCCCCUAAAAAGGCAGUUUCUGUAACUUUGAAGCCUUCAAAGAGCCAAGUAACAUAACAGACACAAAAGGAGUGAUAAAAAUGCUACUUACAGACACUGAAGACGUGGAGCUGCUGCUGUGUCCGCUAUGGCUAGUAUAAGGAUUUCAGUCUAAUACUGGGUGAUUAGCAGAGCUCUGACAGGGAUUUCUAAAAUGGAACAACAGAUACCAGUCAGCAGAUCAGAUCAUUUCUAAAAACUGCACUGUCAAUGUACUGGAGAAAAACAUCAUUUACUGAACAGCACAAACAUCGAGGAGAAAAACCUCAAAUUAAGUAAAAAGAACCUUUUUUGGUUUUGUGGAUUGGGACAGAAGUGCUAUUCUCUUGCUGCUCUGCCAAUUAAUAUUUAGACUCCUCCUAUAAUCUCCAAGUAACCGGUUGUACACACCGCAUUCUAACAGUGAAGGAGUGGUUACUGAGUAACCUUUUUGUGUGGUUCCUUAUUUAUUUGAAUUGAAAUAUAAACAAAACAUUUUUCUUUCUAUUUGUUGUGGUUUUUAUUUUUUAUUUUUUUCUAACUUGCAACAUUUUUUGGUUCAGGCCCCUAAAUCCAGACGGCAUCGUCAGGUUGAGAUGGCUUCUGUCACCCCAGCAUCGAAUUCUAAAAAAAGGACCAGACAGAAGGCCAGAAAGUCCACAAGGAAGACUGCGAUAAAACAGGAGGCGUUGGAUUUGGAAGGUAACAAAGUAACACUCUGAAUGUUUUUGUUUUAAAUGAAAAUUCACAAUAAAUAGAGUUGCCACUGUCUUGAAAACCAUUUUAAAAUAUUUUUUUUUUUUUUGGUAAUUUAGUUUUCAUUAUGCACCCCUCAUAAAACUUACCUGUGAGCAGCCGUUAUGGUGAAAUCAGGCUUGAUUCAUUUUGUCUAAUCCUAUGAUGCUCAUAGAGAAGCCAUGAAGACCUACAGUACAUCAAUGGCUUCGCUCAGACAAAAGAAUGUUUCCAAUGCUUCUCCAUGACAAGUGUUAAAGUUUGGCUUUAUCAUAUCCAACGUGAUAAUGCCAAACAAAGAUCUUCAUAUUUUGAAGGUCUUAAAGAGGAAGUGCCUCUAGUGGCUGUCUUACAUGUAAAAAUUGCCAUUUCUCAGAAACAGGAUUGAAUGUGUUCACCAAACUACUUUAGUUUAAUGAAGCAGUGUUGGUGUAUGGAACAUGCUCCUGUAGUCUCACUGCUCAAUUCUCUGCCUUUUAGGAGUUAAAUAAUUUUUGUUUCUGGUUAUGCAGCUUUAGCAGCACCUCCCCUGGCUGUGACUGACACUGACAACUAGUGAUGUCCCGAACGGUUCGCCGCAGACUCCAGUCAGCAGACACAUUCCAGCCAAUCAGCAGCAGACCCUCCCUCCCAGACCCUCCCACCUCCUGGACAGCAUCCAUUUUGAAGCUGCAUUCUUAGUGAGCUGUCCAGGAGGUGGGAGGGUCUGGGAGGGAGGGUCUGCUGCUGAUUGGCUGGAAUGUGUCUGCUGACUGGAGUCCGCGGCGAACCGUUGGGGACAUCACUACUGACAACAAAACGGUUUCACUUUCAAUGUGAGAGCACAGAGUGUUUAAUUAAAUGAAAAUUAAUGAUUAAAUGAAUGUGCAAUAAAAUAAGUUUAAACAUUAGAUCUCUUUACAGGAAGUGUGUAAGAAGGCUGCAUAAACAAAACGAUUUAACGCCUUCCAAAUGGCAGAGAAUUGAGCUGUGAGACCGUACGACAUGAGCUCUACACCAAAAUCACUUCAUUAAGCCAAUUUUUCUUUUAUGUUUUUUAUAUUUAAUGGAAUUUAAAGGAACACAGAGGGCACCAUAACUAAAAUUCAAUUAAGUUGUUAUGGUGCCAGUAGGUCACUAGCGCUGACUUACCUUCAUGGGCUGAACAGUUAACAAAGGGAUUAACCCCAAAGUCUUCAGUUUGGCUCCAGCGCCAUAUUUUCUCACUCAGUUUUGUGAAUGAGGCACUAUGGAUGAGCUGAGUUUGCUAGCCAAUCAGUGACACCCCUGUCCGAGGCCUCAGACUACAGAGGAGGAGAGGAGGUUCGGGGCAGAGUUGCCCUGUGCCAGAUUGAAGACUUUGUAGUUAAACUGUUCGUUAACCGUUUAACCUCUGAAGGUAAGCAGAUGCCAGCUACAUAGCGUACAGAUGAAACGCGUGGUUCAGAAUAAGUGGAACUUACUUGAUGUGAUGCUUCCUUUACAGAUGACAAAGAAGGCGGCAGCAAGCGAAGACCCAAAAGUACAAGACUGCCCAUCAUUCCAGAGGAGGAUUCAUCCUCUAGUAGUGAAGGUAUGUCCAUGUUGAGAAUCACAACUUGAAACUUGAUUAGAUGUUAGAGAGGUAGUGACCAUGGCUAACCAGGAGAGCAGAGUAGGGUAAGAAUGUUUAUCGCCAAGCUGCUUGGUUUUAUAAAAAACAAACAAAUAAACCACUAAUUUAAUUGCACUUUUUACAUGUCACAGAAUACAAAUGCCCACAUAUUGUGUCUAGCAUGACAGGGUGCUCAGGUUAUUUUUAUGUAGCUCUUAUUUUUAGUUCGUUAUAAGCACAAACACUGUAAAUACAGACUUCUUUUACCACAGCAGCAGUAUAUAGCAUAAACAAAAUAAUAUACCUGUGAUUCAAAAACCUAAGUGCAAAAAUUAUUGAAACAAUAUACAAACAUAAAUGUUGUCUUCUCUUUUUAUUGUAGAUUUACAACCUCGUAUACAUUUGUAUAUUUAUUUUUUGCACUUGGGUUUUUCAUUCACUGGUAUAUUUUGUUUUUGCGAUCUAUCUUAGUGGCGGAGAAUCACUUUAUAUACUAGAUUUUUUUUUAUUGAAGCACCUUACACCCUUAUUUCACCCCCUUUUUUUUAUUUAAGCAGAUGUAGUCAUGGUGGUUGCAGCAACUCUUUAAGUUUGAUUUCUAUGGCCACAUUUAUUCAUUAAGACAAGAAAAACACAACAUACGUUUUCCUUCUUUACAGAAAUGCCGGUCGUAAAACGGAGGAGAACUUCGAAAAAGAGGGGAAAAACCUCCUGAUGUAAAAAUUUUGAUUCCCCCAGUACAUGAUGCGUCUGUAAAUAAAUUAAAACACGUAUUUCUUGAAACCUGGCAUUAGUGUUGUAGGAACUGUCACCUAAAAUAUUUUUUUUUUUUUUUUUAAAUGCAUAUGUUAAGUAUUCUAUCACUUGUGAAAGAAGCAAGGUAUGGACAUCAAACCAGGGUCCAUCAUUUAGCCCCUUAUCUCCAUCAGGUGCCUUGAAUGUUUGAUAUUUGAUUCCUUUGUUAAUUGAGUGGAGUUGGGACAUGUAUACAGAGUUAUUCACUAAAGUGGGAAUUCAAAGUGAAUUUUACAUUUUAGACCAAAGUAGGUGAACUGGACACAGCUUAAUUCAACAGAACAAUCAAAGCUUAAUGUAAUGGUCCUGCUGUCUAUAGACUGUCCCUGCAGGCUUUUUACUGUAAAC